AUGAAUAUUCCUCAACUUCAACAACAACAACCAUCAUCUUCAGAUGGCUUUGACUUCCUCAGGGACAGUACCAGUGUCUCACUACGACAACGGCUACAAGCUUUAGACGAAGUUGAUAAGAAGAUUGCUGAGAUCAUGGAUUCAACUCGAGAUCUGAUCAUUACUCUUGACAAAGACAAACAAAUCUCUAGAACCAAAAUGGAUGAAAAUGCCAAGAAGUAUACAAAAGUACUGGAAGAAGACAUCAUGAAGGUUAUAAGCGACCAGUUGACGUACAUGGAGCAGCUUUGUGUUGGUGCAGAACAUCAAGAUAGUAUGUUUAGAGUGCAGAACAAGAACAAGAUGACGAAAGAGGUGCUGAACAGGAUGUACACUGAAGUCGCUUGUUUGCAAACAUUAGUUGCUAAUGGUGCUAAUGAGGACGGUACUCCGGAUGGUAACGACGUAGAGAUGAUUCAGGAAGGAAGUAUUCACACUGGUAGUAUUGACUCAGAAUGA